AUGCUGGUAUCAUCUCUCGCCUACCGCAUGGAGUGCCUCAUCCGGGCCGCCAUCCGGUUUUUCCUUUCACCCUUCUUCGCGAUUGCCAACGCAAUCCUCGCAGUUUUCUCACGCCGUUCGAAAGCGGCAGCACAGCUGUUUCUAAAGGCACAGCUCAUCCGCGACAUCCUACUUCAAUCACCACCUCCUUCCUACCAGUCAACUACCCAGCUUGACCAAAAUGCAGCUCGCCUUCGCUCCUUCGAAGCUGCUCUUCAAAAUAGAGACCGCGAGCUGGCCUCCAGGUCCCAAGCCAUUGAGAGCCAACAGCGACAGGUCGAAGCCGAACGCGAUGCUCUCCUUUCUCGUGCCGCAGAACUCACGAGCAAACAAUACUCUCUCGACAGGGUAGCUCAAGCUAACCGAAACCAAAGCACAGAGCUAGCUUCCAGCCGCGACCAAUUGGCACGAGAUACUGCCACACUAAGAGACAAUCAGGACGAAGUCCAAAGGCUACGCGAUAUGGUCGCUAGGGAACGUGCCAUCGUUGAAAGACAACGGUCGGAAAACUCCCAGACGCGUCAAAAAAUACAAGAGGAGGAGGAAAGAAUGCAAGCCGAGGCUAUUGCCCAACAAAAACGUCUCGAUGAGCGACAAUCUGAGAUCAACGACCUACACGACCAGUUCCUUCGUUCCCAGCUUGAGACUCUUGAGAAUCACCGCUCAGAACACACCGUUCUCGUCGAAUCACUCCAAACCCGCCUUGUCGAAUCCCAGGAACAACACCAGAAAACAGAGCAAGUUCGUGCCGAGCUCCAAGAAAGAGUUUCUACCUUGACCAACAAGCUCGCUGAACGCACCGAGCGAGAAUUCACCCUCGGCACCGAGCUUGGCGAGCUCCGACAAAGACUAAGCAAUGAACGCGGUUCCUUCAACCGAGAAUUCGGCGAACUUUCACACUCCCUCACCGAAUUAAAGCAAAGGUGCAAUGACUACGAAGCCAACCAACAAAAGUUAAAAGACGAACUCGAGGCGAAGGAGCAGAGCAUUUCAACCCUCGAACAGGAUGUCGCAUCAAGGGAGCAGGUCCUCCAAGAGCGCUCCAAGUUCCUUGAGACAUUAGAAGAAUCCCUCAAGGCUCAACAAGCCGAACUCAUCGACAGAGAACACAACCUUCAAGAUCGCGAACACACCGUUCAGAACCGAGAACACAGCCUCGAAGAUCGGGAAACCACUGUUCAAGAUCGGGAAACCACCCUUCAAGACCGAGAAAACACCGUCCAAGACCGAGAAACCACCCUUCAGGAUCGAGAGAAAUCGCUCGAGGAGAAGAGCAAGGCUCUUGAAUCUCUCCGAGAAACAAUCGACGAACGUCUCAACCACGUCACUGAAGCCGAACGGGACUUGGCAGUACGAAAACAAAACCACGAAGACUCCGUCAAGGCAUUCGAGGAGCAAGAGGCCCUCGAUCACAUCGACGAAGCCGCCGACGCAGAACAAGGAAUCGGCCCUGGCCACCUUGUUAGCCGACCAACAAUGCGUAACUUGUUGGGCCGUAGGACAAGCGACUUCCUCGGAAAGGGCUUCGGUCGCCGAAGUAGUGUUAGCCAGGGCACAAAAAGCCCACCAAAGAGCCGAGAUGGCAUGUCAGAGUCCAAAAUUAGUUUCACUUCCUAA